GCUGAAAGGGGAGCCCACCCCGCCCGCCCACAUGCCCACAGCCGCUGCUGCUUCCCUGCUGACUCCCUGUGCAGUGCCGGUAACGCGAGCCAGGAGAGAGCCCUGGGCCCCACCCCUCCUCCAGCUCUGGCUGGGCACAAGCCACCGGGCGGAGCGGAUGCAGGAUGCUGAAGCCCCAGGGCCCCCGAGCCUCAGAGGAGGGGCCGACCCCCAGGCCGCGGCGGAAUGAGUGCAUCGUCUGUUACUCGGCCUACGACCUCUCGGGGCGCCUGCCCCGCCGCCUGUACUGUGGCCACACCUUCUGCCAGGCGUGCGUGCGGCGGCUGGACACGCCGGGCCAGGAGCAGCGCUGGAUCCCCUGCCCGCAGUGCCGCCAGAGCACGCCCAUGCCCCGCGGAGGGGUGGCCAUGCUGGACCUCGACCUGGCCGCCUUCCUGGCCAUGAAGGCCGAGCGGGAGCCCUCGAGGGUGGAGCCGCAGCCCCCCGGGCCUCUCAAGGGUGGCACAGCUGUCACACAACAGCCAGCCGGGCUCCGCCCCUCCUGGGGCCCCCAGCCCAGACGCUGCUGCUGCUGCUGCUGCUGCUGCUGGGGACCCCCCGGGCAACCCCGAGGUCUGAGCUGUGGCCACUCCCACCCUGGCGGAGGACCUGCUGCCUGGGGCAGUGCUCAUGUGGAACCACCCUGUGCACGGUGCCCCGGGCACAGCCCCCCGUGGAGACCCCUGGGCCGCCAACAGGUCUGGGGCUGUAGAGCCUUGAGACCCCACAAGAAGAGCCUUCUCCCCUCCCUGCAGGAACCCCAGGCCCCCAAGCUGGCCUGUGUGUGGCCCGGGGACAUGGCCAUCAGGGUUGCCUGCAGACUGGCUCAGGCCUGGACUUCACUCAGGACAGACAGGGUCCCAGGCGCAGGACCGGGGCCAGGCCACGCCGUCCCCACUCCCAUAAAGCAUCAGCAGGGAGUGGGCAGGGAGGCCUGGCCAGGCCACCGACGUCACCCCUGACCUGCCGGCCGCCCCGUGCGGCGCAUCCACUCAGCCGUGUUCACUGGGCUCCCACCACGCCAGGCGCCGUCCCCUGCACACACAAAGGCACCAGGGAGAGAGCCGGGGGCAGGCCCGACUCCGAGGCCCCGGAGGGUCGGGAUCCGCUGAGGUCUCGCUGGUCAGCUGAGCUGGCCCCUGCUCCCGGCACCUGCCGGCCGCCACCACUCAGACGCUUCAGAGCGGCCGGCACCGACAGGCCCCAUCCCCUCGGGAAAGAGCUGCCCCCGGGAGCCCCGGGCAGUGGGGAGUGGGAUGGGCGGGGAGGGAAGGGAAUUUGCUGAACAGACACUCGGGAACCUCCCCCCUGGGCCAAAGUCCCCCAGUGUCCAGUGAGGGGCUGGCAGUGGGCAGCGCGGGGUGCUGUGAGGGAGGGGCUGGCCCGAGGGGGGCAUCCCAGCAGCUACGGGCGGUCAGGGCUCGGCUGGGAGCAGCGU